AUUAAAAAAAAAAAGAAGCCCCCACCAGUGUUAUACUGGGAGCAGCAACGUGUUCAUACCAAGCUUUAGAUCCGCAUUUACUUCUCUUGUAACGAAGAGUUAACGGACUUAGUUGCUCCAGUAGUUUUUUUUAUGUUUUAACUGUUUUAAUAAGUCAAACAAAGCGAACCCAGUUAACAGUUUUAGCUAGUUUUUUUGCUCUGGGUAUCCGCUAAAAAAAAGGGACACUUUCUGGACCUAAUGUUGCUCUGAACCCGCAACAAGCCUCCAUAGAGCGACAGCUUAAGAUGAAUCUCCAAUUUCUUUUUAUAGCAGCUUUAUCAGCGCUCCUACGGGGCAGCUUGGCUCAGCAAGAUGGGAGCGAAUGCAUCAAGGCAAACGCCCAGUCGUGUGGGGAGUGCAUCCAGGUCUCUGAGACGUGCGGAUGGUGCGCAGAUCAAAACUUCCUCCCCGUUGGUACGCCCAAGUCGGCCCGCUGCGACGACCUGAAGUCGCUGACUGACAGAGGGUGUAAACAGAUCGAAAACCCACGUGGAAGCGUCGUCAUUAACAAGAACAAAGAGGUCACAGUCCGCAAGGACAAGUCUGAGAAACUGAAACCUGAGGAUAUCACCCAGAUCCAGCCUCAGAAAGUCACCCUGAAACUCAGACUUGGUGAGCCGCAGACCUUUAAACUGAAAUUCAAGCGUGCCGAGGACUACCCCAUUGACCUGUACUACCUUAUGGACCUCUCCUUCUCUAUGAAGGACGACCUGGAAAAUGUUAAGAACCUUGGCACCGACCUCAUGAGGGAAAUGAGGGAAAUUACCUCAGACUUCAGAAUCGGUUUUGGGUCGUUUGUGGAAAAGACAGUCAUGCCCUACAUUAGCACCACGCCGGCCAGGCUGCUGAACCCGUGUGCGGGCGACCAGAACUGCUCCAGCCCCUUCAGCUACAAGAACGUCCUGAAACUGACCAGCAACGGGGACGAAUUCAACCGCCUGGUGAGCCAGCAGCACAUCUCUGGGAACCUGGACUCUCCAGAGGGCGGGUUCGACGCCAUCAUGCAGGUGGCCGUGUGCCAGGAGCAGAUCGGCUGGAGGAACGUCACCCGUCUGCUCGUGUUCUCCACCGACGCCGGUUUCCACUUCGCUGGAGACGGAAAGCUGGGUGGGAUCGUCCUGCCCAACGACGGGCGGUGUCAUCUGGAGAACAACAUGUACACUAUGAGCCACUACUACGACUACCCCUCCAUCGCUCACCUGGUUCAGAAACUAAGUGAACAAAACAUCCAAACAAUCUUUGCUGUAACUGAGGAGUUCCAGUCGGUUUACAAGGAGCUGAAAAAUCUCAUUCCCAAAUCGGCCGUCGGAACGCUGUCCUCCAACUCCAGCAACGUCAUCAAACUCAUCAUUGAUGCCUACAAUUCUUUGUCCUCUGAGGUCAUUCUUGAUGAAGUUAAGCGGCCGGAGGGAGUUGAUAUUACCUACAAGUCCAACUGCAAGAACAACGUGGUGAAAGUGGGCGAGGACGGCCGGAAGUGCUCCAACAUCUCCAUCGGAGACGAGGUUUAUUUCCAGAUUACCGUAACGUCCAAGAAGUGUCCGUCUACUGCGAAGCAGGAGGUGAUUAAGAUCAGACCUCUGGGCUACAACGAGGAGGUGGAAGUAGUCCUGGAGUACAUCUGUGACUGCGACUGUGCUCAGAAAGGAGAGCCCAACAGUAAGCAGUGCUCCGAAGGCAGCGGGACCUUCGAGUGCGGAGCCUGCAAGUGUAACGAUGGACGCAUCGGGCAGACGUGCGAGUGCAGCAAAGACGAAGUCCGGACCGAGGACCUGGACGCCAACUGCCGAAAAGACAACGGCACGGAUAUCUGCAGCAACAGCGGCGACUGCGUCUGCGGAACCUGCGAGUGCAAGAAGCGUGAUAAUCCUGCCGAGGUUUACAGCGGCCAGUACUGCGAAUGUGACAACUUCAACUGCGACCGCUCCAACAACAAGCUCUGCGGAGGUCACGGCCGCUGUGAGUGCAGGAAGUGCAUCUGCGACGCCAACUACACGGGCAGCGCCUGCGACUGCUCCUUGGACACCUCCACCUGCCUCGCCCGAAACGGCCAGAUCUGCAACGGACGCGGAAACUGCACCUGCGGGACCUGCAGGUGCACCGACCCCAAGUUCCAGGGGCCAACCUGCGAGAUCUGUCCAACCUGUCCAGGCGUCUGUCCGGAGCACAAGAACUGUGUGCAGUGUCUAACCUUCCAAACCGGCGAGAAGAAGGACACGUGUAUGGAGGACUGCAAGAACUACCGUCUGAUUAGGGUGGAGCAGAAAGAGGACCUGCCGCAGCCCAACGACCAGCCCACUGACCAGUCCUUCCCGCGGGCCAUCUGCAAGGAGAGGGACGAGAAAGACUGCUGGUUCUACUUUACCUUCGCCGUCAGGAACGACACCAACGAGGUCCACGUGUUGGAGAAGCUGGACUGCCCAACCGGUCCUGACAUCAUCCCCAUCGUGGCGGGCGUUGUGGCGGGCAUCGUGAUGAUCGGCCUCGCCCUGCUGCUCAUCCUGAAGCUCCUCAUGAUCAUCCACGACCGCAGAGAGUUUGCCAAGUUUGAGAAGGAGAAGAUGAACGCCAUCUGGGACACAGGCGAGAAUCCGAUCUACAAAAGCGCUGUGACGACUGUGGUUAACCCGAAAUAUGAGGGCAAGUGAGGGAGCUUCUGGCUCCUUUGUGACGACACUGUACAUGGAGAAGAAAACGGGCCGAGGGGAGGAAACCAGGGGGGGGGGGCUUUAUACAACAAUGCUCACUGUUUGUCGCCAAAUGAUAGAGGUGCAUCCUGCCACUGUUUGUUUUCAUAACUUCUUUUGAUUUCCUGUUCUUCAUCUGUGUAAAAUGUUUUUUUUUUUUUGUUUUUUUUAUAAACCGGUCUUUUAAUGGAAAAGCUGUGCUUAGUCUCGCCGUAACGUUUUCUAGCUGAAGCCAUCGGCGCUUCUGUUCAGUCGCAGGUAAUCAUCAGUCCAUCACAGAAAGAAAUAAUAAUCGUCAAUCAAAGGUUUUAAGCUCGACCAAAGCUCUCCCUGUGUGUUCUGGCUCGUGUUCGCUGAGGAGCCUCCAUGUUGGAAAUUAAAUGUGUACAGGAUGUUUUUGGGCUCCGUGUAAAGCCAUAUAUGAACUUGCUGGACUGUUUGCUUUUUUUUUUGUUGUUGUUGUUGUUGUUUUUGCUGCAGCUGAACAAUCAGUUUUCUAUUUUCUGUGGCUGAAAGGACGUCCGUUUACAGUAGCUUUAACGUUUCAGGUCUUGAUUUAAACCCAACUCAGGUCCUUCAUUUCAGUAGCACCAAAUACAUGCCUUGUUUUGUUGCUAGAUUAUUACUUUAUAUGUUUUUUUUUUUUUUUUUUUUUUACUUGCCUUGAUCAAAUGUUUUAGAUCUAUAGAAAACAGGGGUUUUAAUUAAAGCAAAUACAAUUUUUUCCUGUUCUAACAGAAAACUGUCACCAGUGUUGUUGUUUUUUUAAAGUGCCUUUUUUCAUACGUGCAAACACAUUCAGGCAGACCUGUCAUCUCAAACUAUUUAUUGAAUAAAUCCAAGUGAUUAACCCCGUUA